AUGGAAACUCUUCAAUUUUUACUGUGGCUGACCGCUUUUAUCGUUGUGGCUAAGGAAGACACAUAUAUUUUGGAUAGAACUAAAAUUAACGUACAGUUCAAAGUGCAAUUUCCGCCUGGAUCGGUUUGGAAGUAAGUGGUAAAAUUCGUUGAAGAAAAGGACCCCCAAGUGAAGUGCUACCACUUUUUGGCCGUAUCUUUUCCAGUUUUGCAUAGAAAAAAUUGAUUUUUGGUGGAAACAUUACUCUCUACGGUUGUAAUAGGUAUGAAAUUUUUCAUGACAAAAUUCGCAAAAAAAUGUUACACUUUCACCAACUUUCAACCUAAAAAUCUCGGUCAUUUUAUGCAAAGCACAAGCAAGAAAUCUCCAUGUCUUAGAAAAAAAUAUUUUAAAUUUGUAGCAAAUGUCAUCAAAAAAUUAGCGUCAUACUUACUAGUCCGUUCGCAAGUUCGUGGAAGUGAUUUUUGCGACAUGCACAGUGCGAAAACAAAAUUUCACUUGCACUGUGCAAUUUCUUGCUUUUUGCACGGUGCAAUAGGCUUUUUUAGGCUGUCGCUCGCACCCUGUCUUUUUCUGCACAGUGCAACAGUCAAAAAUCAUUCCAGCGACUUCAUGAACGGACUAUCGGUCUGUCGGGAAAAUAAUGAGCUCACUGAUGUUGCGUCAAUCGCGUCGCUGAAGCGAAUAUAGGCGAUUUUUUGCGACACAAUUCACUUUCCCGGCGGCGAUUUUCGAUGCUACAGAGUGCUCAUUAUUUUCCCGACAGACUGAUGUUUUUAAUUUUUUUAAUUUUCAAUCUUUUUGUAUAGGCGAUUCCAAGGCGCCAAUCCAAAUUAUUUUCCCAACAAAUUGAUAAGUAUAAUUUGUCAGCAAAAACCUUACUUGAUCCAUCGAUCUGUCGGGAAAAUAAUGAGCACAAUGUCGCUGUGCCAAUCGCGUCGCUGAAGUAAAAAAAAAUUGAUUUUGCCGCGGCGCAAUUCAUUUUCUCGGCGGCGAUGCGAUUUUCGAAGCGACAGAAUGUUCAUUAUUUUCCCGACAGACUGAUAUUAGAGAAAAUAUGGAUUCCUCUGUCAAUUCAGUUUGCAAGAAGUUUAAAGUAUUCAAAAUUGAAUGCAUUUCAGAGUCUGCUUAGAAUAUGACGUUGAUUCCACCGACUGGCCCAGAUAUCCCGCCCGUUGGCCCAAAUUAUGCCGGCCUCCGCCGAAGUUCUUUGCCUUUCUCUGCGGAUUCCCGGGCAAAGAGGACAAGUGCUCGCAAUACUUGGGUCGGCCGUCGGAAUUCAACAUUACUAAUCCCACAGCAGACACCUAUACUUUAGUGUUUGUUGACAGUGGUCACAAUGUGACGAGAUUAAUGGCCCAAAAUGUGCCGGUAGCGAAAACAGAGGAGGGCGACUGGGAAAUCACUUUUUCGCUGCUGAGGGUGAGUUUGCGAGCGAAAAAUUUUACAUUCUUCAGGGCAGUGAGACAUCAAUUUGGGCUAAUGGAACCAGUCCGUAUCACAAACAAGCAAUCCAUCCGUUUGGUCGCAAAAUUUUCAAUGAAUUGAAUGUGGUUACAGAAAAUGCAGAAGUAAAAAUGGAACUUAAGAGAAUUCAGUAA